CCUCGUUUGUAUGCCAAAUGGAACAUGGUAAAGUGACGGAUCUAUCCCGUUGCACACUGUCACCUGCUUUGUUUGGUUGAAAGCUGCUGGUACCUAUUUAGCUGCGAUUGCGGCGUUCAGGCAUCAGAAAGUCAAUUAAAAAGAAAUUUGAACGACAGGCUCAUCACCAGAAAUUAACUUUAGUGACCAAUCUGAAUCAACCAGCAAGAAAAAAAUGGCUUUCAAUUUUUCGGCCUUCAGCUAUAUUGUAGCCUUAAUAAUCGACGCAUUUUUGAUAUUUUUCUCCAUAUUUCAUGUAAUUGCUUUUGAUGAGCUCAAAACGGACUAUAAAAAUCCCAUUGAUCAGUGCAAUUCUUUGAAUCCCCUGGUUCUUCCGGAAUACGUGCUGCAUCUACUAUUCAAUUUAUUGUUCUUGUUUGCGGGAGAAUGGUUCUCACUAGCCAUGAACAUUCCUCUAAUUGCCUAUCAUAUAUGGCGAUACAAGAAUCGCCCAGUUAUGUCCGGACCUGGCCUAUACGACCCAACGAGCAUCAUGAAUGCGGACGUACUUGCCAAAUGCCAACGUGAAGGUUGGAUCAAACUGGCAGUAUAUUUGCUAUCAUUUUUCUACUACCUGUAUGGCAUGAUCUAUUCGCUCAUAUCGACGUAAGGAGUUGGAUGGACACGGUUAUUGAUAUCUAAAUACAAUUCGAUCAACAAUAAAACCAGUCAAUCAAGGUUAUGAGGAGAAAACGUUUAGCAGCAGCUUUAUAUGCCCAAAACCACAAAACCGACCAAUGAUGGACUAACCUUCUGUUCCAUCCUAGUCUUAGCCUAUUCAUUGUGGUAAGGUCUUCAUUUUUCAUUAUAAAUUUUGUAAAUUAGAUUCUUGAGAAUAUCUGCAUGGUAUCAUUAAUUUUUAUUUAUUGAAAAUUGCCAUCCUAGGUUAAAAUCAAUCAAUAAUGUUUCAAUAUUUAUUGAACAAUUGAUUAAUUUUUCAGAUCAUUUGAAUAAAGUUAUAGAUUGUACAGAUACGGUGUAAAUGAGACGUAA